AUGCUGGCGAGAAAAUUUGCUGAUGUUAUGCGAGGUUUUGUGGAAAUGUGUUAUGCGAGAGCUAUCUUCACCGAUGCAUACCUCUAUGUCACGAUCGCCACUGGGAGAAUCAUUGCACUUGAAAUAUUCCGUAUGACUCCUCGUUUUCAAUAUCAUAUUUUGAAACCCGAUGACAAUGAUACCCAUGAUAUAAAUGAAGUGUCAUGCAUUACCGUAUCAAAUCUUUGCAGUAUGUGA